AUGGCCUGGUUUGCGCUGCACGUGUCCCGUGAGCUCCACUUUGCAGAUUUGAAGAUUGUACCAGGAGAGCCGCAGUGUUCCAGAGCUACCGAGGGACUGGGUCGGGCUUUGCUGUAUUUGAGAAGACCCCCCUGGACCCGAGAGGCUGUGGGCUUGGGGAGCAUGAGGAGGUUUCACAGCAGAAAGGACACCCCAUGGCUCCUGGACAAGCCGGAAAAUGUGCCAGGGGAAAUGCAGGCCGACAGCCAGCAGAUCCCGGGGCUUGCUGGCCCCAAUCCACUGGAACCCAGGCUCACCAAGUCAGUCUUAACCAACACAGGCCUCAGCACCCGCAGAGUAGACACUGCGAUAACAACGGAGGACACAGAAGUGCCCGCUAUGACUCCAGCACCAGGCCACGCCGCUCUGGAAACUCAAACGCUGAGCGCUGAGACCUCUUCUAGGGCCUCAACCCCAGCCGGCCUCAUUCCAGAAGCAGAGACCAGAGGAACCAAGAGAAUUUCCCCUGCAAGAGAGACCAGGACUUUCACAAAAACACCUCCUGACUUCAGGGUGCUGAUCGCCACCUCUGUGGAGACAUCAGACACCAGUGGCAGCCCCGAGGGAGCUGGAAUGACCACAGUUCAGACUGUCACAGGCAGUGAUCCAGAGGAAGCCAUCUUUGACACCCUUUGCACCGAUGACAGCUCUGAAGAGGCAAAGACACUCACAAUGGACAUAUUGACAUUGGCUCACACCUUCACAGAAGCUAAGGUGCUGUCCUCAGAGAGCAGCGCCUCUUCCGACGGCCCCCAUCCAGUCAUCACCCCCUCACUGGCCUCAGAGAGCAGCGCCUCUUCCGACGGCCCCCAUCCAGUCAUCACCCCCUCACUGGCCUCAGAGAGCAGCGCCUCUUCCGACGGCCCCCAUCCAGUCAUCACCCCCUCACUGGCCUCAGAGAGCAGCACCUCUUCUGACAGCCCCCAUCCAGUCAUCACCCCGUCAUGGGCCUCAGAGAGUAGCGCCUCUUCCGAUGGCCCCCAACCAGUCAUCACCCCGUCAUGGGCCUCAGAGAGCAGCGCCUCUUCCGAUAGCCCCCAUCCAGUCAUCACCCCGUCAUGGUCCCCGGGAUCUGACGUCACUCUCCUCACUGAAGCCCUGGUGACCGUCACCCACAUCGAGGUUAUCAAUUGCAGAAUCACAGAAAUAGAAAAAAUGACUUCCAGCAUCCCUGGGGCCUCAGACAGAGAUCACGUCCCCACGGAAGGGGUGAAGGCCUCGUCCACCUCCGAUCCACCAGCUCUGCCUGACUCCACUGACGCAAAACCACACAUCACUGAGGCCACAGCCUCUGCCGAGACCCUGUCCACAGCCGGCACCACAGAGUCAGCUGCACCUGAUGCCACGGUUGGGACCCCACUCCCCACCAACAGCACCACAGAAAGUGAAGUGACAGCACCCAGGGCCACGACCCUCAGUGGAGCUCUGGCCACAGUUAGUGGGAAUCCCCUGGAAGAAACCUCAGCCCUCUCUGUUGAGACACCAAGUUACGUCAAAGUCUCAGGAGCAGCUCCGGUCUCCAUAGAGGCUGGGUCAGCAGUGGGCAAAACUACUUCCUUUGCUGGGAGCUCUGCUUCCUCCUACAGCCCCUCGGAAGCCGCCCUCAAGAACUUCACCCCUUCAGAGACACCGACCACGGACAUCACAACCCAGGGGCCCUUCCCCACCAGCAGGGACCCUCUUCCUUCUGUCCCUCCGACUACAACCAACAGCAGCCGAGGGACGAACAGCACCUUAGCCAAGAUCACAACCUCAGCAAAGACCCCCAUGAAGCCCCCAACAGCCACGCCCACCACUGCUCGGACGAGGCCGACCACAGACGUGAGUGCAGCUCUGGAAGCUUCAAUUCCAGCCAUAGCCACACAGAGGAGCAGCAGGCAGGCAUCAGGCCCAAGCUGCUGCUCUCUGACGGGCUGGGACCCCAUGGAAGUGGGGCCUGCUGGAUGCAUUUCCUGGCAUUAUGUGGAAGCCGAUCAGGUUUCUGGGGACAAGUGGAGGCAGGGUAGAAGUGAAGGGCUGUGGGAUGGAGAACCUCAGCAGACUCCAUCUGGGGUCCGGGAAAGGACAGAGAAGGUAUAUUAG